AUGUUUGAAGAUUCCUUAUAUGAGGUUUAAUGCUCAAUUCAUGGGAAUAAUCUAAAAAUUUAUUUGGACGCCGAUAAAACUGAAACCUUUGAUAGCAAUGCACUUAAUAAUAGUUAGUUUUUUUAAGUUGCAGAAUUAAGAGCUGUCUUGCCUUACACUUGUCCAUUGAAAUGUAUAAAUUCAUUCAACAAAUUUGUUCAGCAUCUAAUUCUACCUUUUGUAGCCUUUAAUGAUAAUCAAAUUAAGUUAUCACAUGCACCCACUGGAAUCUUUAGUGAAUAAAAUAAGUUUUGGAUCUUUGAGGAGGAGUGUCAAAUUACUGUUGUUGCUAUUGAACAAUUUAUUCUUAGAUUGAUUAUCACAGGCUAAUAAUAAUAAGGUUGGAUAGAUAUGCAAUUUGAUUAAGCAUCUUUAGAUUUAUUUUUUGAUUCUUACUUUAAUGAGGAAUACGAAAAGGAAUCAAUCUAACAAAUCAUGAGAGUCAUUAAUCAAACUUAAUAAAUGCAACCUACUUCAAAAAAGGUUACUCAUCAAGUCCCUAGUUAUGUAAUUAAGAAUAAGAUAAGAUUCAUUUAAUUUUUAGAGUCACUCAAGUAGAAUCUUGAAAAUGAAUUGGCAAAUAUAUUUUAAAUUGAUGAUUUAGGUGGAUUUUUUAAUUUAUUAAAUGGAUAACAAAUCUAAAUGCCUAAUAAUGCUUUAGCCAAUCUAAAGAUGUGUUGUAUUAAAAUCACUGAAAUGGCUACCUACCAAAGAAUCAUAAUCAUUGCAGACAAUAGCCAAGAUAACUGUUUUGAGAUCCUGCUCCAAAAUUGUUAUGAUACAUAUGCUCCAAGGAGUGCUAAGGUCAAAGCUUUGGGAUAGGAUCAGUUUGAUUAUUAUGAUGUCAAUAGGACAUUUGGUUUACUAAUUUCUGUAAUGGAUUAUGCGGAUAUUCAGUUGUUAUGUUAUCUCCUUACUCAAAUGUUUGACUUAAACACUUUUGCAAAGGAAUUGGAUUUAGAUGACUAUGAUAGAUACAAGGAGAAUUCCAUUAUGAAAAAGGAAGUGAAUAGCGAGUGUUGUUAUAGAUUCUUUAUCAGUAUGAGUGUAUUGUUAAUUGAAGCUUCGAAAUACAGAAUUCCAGUGACGAUUUCAUAUUUGGGGAUUAAUGAUAAGCCAAUAGGAGUUAGACUGUAGGUUUUCGAUGAGGUUAAUCUGAGCGAAAAUGGAAUGUUUUUUACUAUCACUGCUGGAGUGUGGGAUAAGUAGAAGAAGGAAACAAUAAAUGGAUCAUAAAAAAAAAGAAAACCACCCAAGUAUAUUUAGUGCAAUAAGAUGACCACUGAUUAUCACUUGAACUUCAUUUUAUAAUCCAUAGGUUGGCAGGUCAUCUUCGAAAGUGUUUCAAUCAACUAGGACAAUUUAUAAGCUAGUCGUAUUCUGAAUGACAACAAGACUACUUUAGUUGAUCGCUUAGAAAACAUAUUAAAUAUUAUUAUAAAAAAUUGA